UUGUUGCUAUGGGAACGCACCAAUCAAAACAACAAACUUGGAAGUUAUUUUUUACUUUUAAACAAUAUUAUUUUCAGCCAGUUAAUUAAUAGUGGAACCCAUAGAAUAAGGGAUACGAGUAUCGAUUACUUAUUCUAAGUACUAUAUUCAAUAAUGUCUAAAAAACCUGGAGCGGUGUGGGAAGAUCGGGAAGUACUGUUCGAUUUGCCUUUCAACUACCUCCGUCUCCGUCCCGGCGAAAAGAUCUUCGAGCGCAUAGAGCCGAUAGAAGACACUAAAGGGAAUACGGGGACACGAGGGCGCAUGGUGCUCACGUGUCUACGCAUCAUCUGGCACUCACUGGCGCAGCCAAGGAUCAACUUGUCCAUAGGCCUGAACACGGUUCUGUCAACCAGCACAAAGAUCGUGAGCUCCGGCCUGCGUGGAACCACUCAGGCUCUCUAUGUGCUUGCAGCUCAGAAGAAUAACCGAUACGAGUUUAUAUUCACUAACCUCUCGCCUUCUUGCGUGCGCCAUUACACGGCCGUCGUUGGCGCUCACAGAGCCUAUGCAGGAUCACGAAUGUAUAGAGACUUGAAAUUACGAAGCGCUAUCAUACACAACAAACAACUGAGAAUGCUGCCACUAGAAAAGAUAUGCCUGCACGAGCACAGCAUCUGGAACCUGUCGAGCGAUGCCGGCAACCUGGGCACGCUGGUCGUGAGCAACGUGCGCGUCGUGUGGCACGCCGACGUCAACGACGCCUUCAACGUGUCCAUGCCGUAUAUUACUAUUGAAAACAUAUCAAUCCGAGACUCCAAAUUCGGCGAAGCAUUGGUCAUUGUCACUCGGCAGUCAUCUGGUGGCUAUGUGUUGGGGUUCCGGGCCGACCCUCCAGACAGGCUGCGUCCAUUGCUGCAGGAGCUGACUACAUUGCACCAGGCGUACACUGAACAGCCGAUCUUCGGCGUUGAAAUGAACUGGGGUAACGAGCCAGCCAAACCUGUAGUCGAUGACAUUGAAGAGCUAGUGGAGAUCGGCGAGCCUCGAGGGGAAAUGGGUCCGAACCUCUACAUUGCUGCGCAGUUAGCGCAAGUGAAAACUGAAGAAGAACAGCAGCCAGUUUACAGCUCUUAUCUAGGAUUAGCCAUAGAGCCCUUGAAAGAAGGAUUUACACUUAAGAGUCUAUUUGAAGUUCAAACUUCAACUUAAAUAACGAAUUAAACUAAUUAAAUAACUAAAACUACAAUGAAAACAUUAUAAAAUUUGUAAUUUUACCAGUCAGUCUGCUUUUAAUUUUCUAAGACAGAAAGAGUCCCUUAUCCGAACAGAGAGUAGUAAAAAUUGUCAAUCAUCUGAAA